CCAGGCUGCCGAGCAGACGGACGCGCCUGGCGUCCCGGGGAGGGGCUGCACUGGGGGAAGAGGGGAAGAGACGUCCUCCCUGCCCGAGACCUUUCAGAUCUCUGACCCCAGGGGCCAGGGGACUGACCCGACGGGGCCCGAGCCCCUCCUCCCCCGGCUGCCUGGAGAAGCUGUGACCCUGGAGGGUCCCGAGUGACCCCCACCCAAGGGCCCCAGCACCACCCCGGUCGCCUAAAGCUACAGUCUCAGUGGCCAGGGCAAGGCUUCCAGUUGCCUAGACAGCGAGCCUGGGGUCAGAGGAAGGACCUUGCACAGCCAGCAGCCAGCUCCUGCCUCGCCCUCUGCCUCAGGCCCCAGUCCCAGCCCUGGGCCUGCCAUCCCAGGUGACAUGCCGGUGCUCUCCACUCCCCGGUCCUCGCGGGUGGCCACGCUGAGACGCACAGCCGUGGUCCUGGCCCUCGCCGCCUAUGGAGUCCACAAAAUCUACCCCCUGGUGCGGCAGUGCCUGGUGCCGGCCAGGGGUCUUCAGGUGCCACCGGGGGAGUCGGCUCAGGAGGCCGCAGCAGGCAAGGCCAGCGUGAACCGGGUGUUCCUGCGGCGACUCCUGUGGCUUCUGCGGCUGCUAUUUCCCCGGAUCCUGUGCCGAGAGACAGGGCUGCUGGCACUGCACUCGGCCACCCUGGUGAGCCGGACAUUCCUGUCAGUGUAUGUGGCCCGCCUGGAUGGACGGCUGGCCCGCUGCAUCGUCCGCAAGGACCCACGGGCCUUCGGCUGGCAGCUCUUGCAGUGGCUGCUCAUCGCCCUACCUGCCACUUUCGUCAACAGUGCCAUCCGCUACCUGGAGGGCCAGCUGGCCCUGGCUUUCCGCGGCCGUCUGGUGGCCCAUGCCUACCGCCUCUACUUCUCCCAGCAGACCUACUACCGCGUGAGCAAUAUGGACGGGCGGCUCCGCAACCCUGACCAGUCCCUGACGGAGGACGUGGUGGCCUUCGCUGCCUCCGUGGCCCACCUCUACUCCAACCUGACCAAGCCGCUCCUGGACGUGGCUGUGACCUCCUACACUCUAAUGCAGGCGGCCCACUCCCGCGGGGCCGGCACGGCCUGGCCCUCCGCCAUUGCCGGGCUCGUGGUGUUCCUCACCGCCAACGUGCUGCGGGCCUUCUCACCCAAAUUUGGGGAGCUAGUGGCCGAGGAGGCCCGGAGGAAGGGGGAGCUGCGCUACAUGCACUCUCGUGUGGUGGCCAACUCGGAGGAGAUCGCCUUUUAUGGGGGCCACGAGGUGGAGCUGGCCCUGCUACAGCACUCCUACCAGGAUCUGGCCGCCCAGAUCAACCUCAUCCUGCUGGAGCGCCUGUGGUAUGUCAUGCUGGAGCAGUUUCUCAUGAAGUACGUCUGGAGCGCCUCCGGCCUGCUCAUGGUGGCUGUGCCCAUCAUCACCGCCACCGGUUUCUCAGAGUCAGACUCGGAGGUGGUAAAGAAGGCAGCCUUGGAGAUGGAGGAGGGGGAUCUGGUGAGUGAACGCACAGAAGCCUUCACCAUUGCCCGCAACCUCCUCACUGCUGCCGCAGAUGCCAUUGAGCGGGUCAUGUCAUCGUACAAGGAGGUGACGGAGCUGGCUGGCUACACGGCCCGGGUACAUGAGAUGUUCCAGGUGUUCGAGGACGUCCGGCGCUGUUGUUUCAAAAGGUCCGGGGAGCUGGAAGAGGCUCAGGAGGGAGCUGGGGCCGUGGUGAGGUCUGGCAUCCGUGUGGAGGGGCCCCUGAAGAUCCAAGGCCAGGUGGUGGACGUGGAGCAGGGCAUCAUCUGUGAGAAUAUCCCCAUCAUCACGCCCACGGGAGAGGUGGUGGUGGCCAGUCUCAACAUCCGGGUGGAGGAGGGCAUGCACCUGCUCAUCACAGGCCCCAACGGCUGUGGCAAAAGCUCUCUGUUCCGGAUCCUGGGUGGGCUCUGGCCGGCGUACAGUGGGGUGCUGUACAAGCCCCCACCCCAGCGCAUGUUCUACAUCCCCCAGAGGCCCUACAUGCCCGUGGGCUCCUUGCGCGACCAGGUCAUCUACCCGGACUCAGCGGAGGACAUGCGCCGGAAGGGCUGCUCAGAGCAGCAGCUGGAAGCCAUCCUGGACAUCGUGCACCUCCACCACAUCCUGCAGCGGGAAGGAGGUUGGGAGGCCGUGUGUGACUGGAAGGAUGUCCUGUCGGGGGGUGAGAAGCAGCGGAUCGGCAUGGCCCGCAUGUUCUACCACAGGCCCAAGUAUGCCCUCCUGGACGAGUGCACCAGCGCCGUGAGCAUCGAUGUCGAGGGCAAGAUCUUCCAGGCGGCCAAGGACGCAGGCAUUGCCCUGCUCUCCAUCACCCACCGGCCCUCCCUGUGGAAGUACCACACGCACCUGCUGCAGUUCGACGGGGAGGGCGGCUGGAAGUUCGAGAAGCUGGACUCAGCGGCCCGCCUGAGCCUGACGGAGGAGAAGCAGCGGCUGGAGCAGCAGCUGGCCGGCGUCCCCAAGAUGCAGCAGCGCCUCCAGGAGCUCUGCCAGAUCCUGGGCGAGGCCAUGGCUCCCCGCCGGGCCCCCUCUCCCGGCCUCCAAGGCCCCAGGGCCCUCCAGGGGUUCGCCACCUGAGAGAGGGCCCUGGCCACACUCCCCUGCCCCCAAGCUCUCAGAUCACAUGAAGUAAACCCCCACCCCAGCAUGCCCUUGCCCUCCUCCCCGGCCUCCUGGUCCCAUGGAAGCCCACCGGCGAAAUCACGUGCCCCUUCUCCCAGUGCGCCCGCCCUCAGGUGGAUAGCCACCCAGGGUCUCAGCUGGCUUCCUGCCCCUCGCCCUGGGGUCUGGCCAGGCCCGGGCCGGUGGGCCGCCUUGCCACGACUGUGAGCUGUUCAGGGUAGCCGAGUCCUUUAUGUGGCACAGUUGGGGGCACCCUAAGCAGGGAUCCCCGCCUGCCCACCCCAGGCCCCAGCUCACCACUGCCAGCCGGAGUCUGCCCGGCCUUGGUGCCACCCUCCCGAGACUCAAGUGUCCCCAGCACCCCCUUCCCUCCCUGCCAAGAGCCCACGCCCCACCGCUUUAUCCCCGCCACACGGGGUGGCCAGGUGGGACUUCUGUCCUGCGGGACACACUUCCUGCUGUCACAGCACCCCGGUGGGACCCCCAGCCAGACACAGAGCCUGCUCGUCACGCAUCCGGGCAAACAUUGCACAGUUUCCUAGCAAGAAGAAUGUAAAUCCCGCCCCUCUCAUUCCCUAAUUUAUUGGAUUCUCUUUUGGUCUCCACUCCUGAUUGCCAAUGUGAGUCCCCUGCCAGGUGGGGGGAUGGGAAGCAGGGCCAGGCAGCUGUCUCCCCCUCCCCCAUGGGCUGCCCGGCCUCUGAAUCCCCCCCACCAACCCCGGGCCCUGGCUCCCACCCACGGCCAAACCCCGCAGCCCACCAGGGGGGCACAGGCCUCCGCUUGCCAGGCACUCGGGCCCAGGCCAGGGGCCCCGGGGAGAUAGACGCUGGGCUGCUGGGAGGGAGGGCACCAGCGUUCCCGGCUCAGUGCCAAAGAGGGGUCUGCCUGGGGCAGGGCGGGGGGAGCUGCUGUGCCAAGGAAGGCGGCCCUUGCUGGAGGAGGGAGACCCCACUGCCGCUGCGUGCCUUUCCCGGGCCCCUCAGCUCCGGGGCCAGGGAGCCCCCCUCAUUCCCUCAGUAAAAACCUCCAGUGGAAAAUUCA